AUGACCAUGACAAUGCUUUCUUCUACUGAUGUGAUUAAGGAAGUGACGACAUGUCGACACGUGAAGUACGCGUUUGAAUUGCAAUUGGCGACACGUGAACAACGCACAGAUAUGAUGGACACUAAUGAGAGAGAGGAACAAGAUGAUGUACAGGUACUUCGACUUGCUGCAGAAGAUGAACGGACAUAUGUCAAGUGGUUACACACGUUGAAUGCGUGUAUUAGCACGCUUCUUGUGCAGGAGAAACAAUGUCGACGCAAAGAGACGUUGACAAGGUGGACAGAAGCUGCUAGGAUCGUGCCAUUGGGUGCAGAUGAAGGACGUCGGACGAAGAGAUUGGUCACGGGUGCGCGUGAACAAAACGGUCACGAUCGGAGUCAUACCAGCAGUGAAUGCAGUAGCAACGAUCAUAGUGAAGGAGAACUCCUGGCUGAAGAGAUUCGAACUGCGAAAAAGGACGUUGCAGCUGAGGAUGAAGACGAACUAAAAUCAGCUUUGUGUGAUCUCGAGACAAGAACGCAAGUAGUUCCGAUUGUUGCAAUGGGAGGAAUGCCAGAUCAAUCCGCUGACGGAUAUUGCUGCACGCCCGAAUAUCGGCCGAACGAGUUGGUAGAACCGCAGGACAUGUAUUCUGACAACAAUGCAGAGGAUGAGAAGGCAGAUAACAAGGACGAUAACAACCAGAAUGACGAUGAUUUUGAAGACGACUUUGACGGAGGUGAUCUUGCCACGCAGAGUUCUGUGGCGCCGUAUAAAAGCGCUGUUUUGGGAGGAAAGGGAGUCUCUUCUUACCAAAGACUAGUUCAGGAAUACGAAUACACGAAAAUCAGCUCAAGAUCAACUGUAGAAUCAGCAGACAAUGGAAAUAGACGGCUUCCUCGCGCCGCUUUUGGAACCACUAGCAGCAGUUUGAGUUUUUUCCCGAUGUUGCGACCGCAGACGCACUCUUUUAACGCAAAUGGGCAGGUAUUUACCUUGGAUACGCGUUAUCAGCUUGUUAAGCCGAUUGGGAAUGGAGCCUAUGGUGCUGUAAUUGCAGUCAAGGACGUUGUUACCGGCGGUGACCACUUAGCUGUCAAGAAAAUUACUAAUAUUUUCGAAGACCUGGUGGAUGCAAAGCGGAUAUUGCGCGAGGUUCGGCUGCUGGCUCACUUCAAACAUAAGAACAUCACUCGGCUGCUGGAUUUAUCGCCUCCUCCUUCUCGCAAACAUUUUGACGAUAUGUAUAUUAUUACGGAGCUCAUGGAGACUGACCUUUACCAGGUCAUUUACUCUUUACAACCAAUGUCAGACGACCAUGUCAAGUACUUUUUGUAUCAAAUGCUCUGUGCGCUGCACCAUAUUCACUCGGCAGGUGUCCUGCACCGUGACGUAAAGCCUAGUAACAUUUUGUUGAAUGCGAAUUGUGACCUCAAGAUGUGCGACUUUGGACUCGCUCGUGGAGGAGUUCAAUUACCAACAGGAGGACAGCAGGAUGCUUUUCAGGUAGGCGAACUGACAGAGUACGUUGUCACGCGGUGGUAUCGUGCGCCCGAGAUUAUGUUGAACUGCCUUAAUUAUACGACUGCUAUUGAUGUUUGGGCGGCGGGCUGUAUCUUUGCAGAAAUGUUGUUGCGAGAACCAUUAUUCCCUGGAAAUGAUUAUUUGCACCAGCUUAAGCUCAUUAUCAAGUUUUUGGGCACUCCAAAACAGGAGGACAUUGGUUUUGUGAAGAACACGAAGGCUUUGCGUUUUCUCACCAAGCUAGCAAUUUCGAAACCAAAGAAAUGGCAGGACGUAUUUGCAGAAGUUAGCGCUGAACAUUCGGCAAGCUCGGAUGCUAUCGAUCUAUUGAGCAAAAUGCUUCUCUUCAACCCAGACAAGCGCAUUUCGGUCGACGCUGCAUUGCGGCACCCUUAUUUGGCUCCAUUUUUUGACGAAAACGACCUGGUGGUCUCUCGGUCAUUUGACUUUUCGUUUGAUAUGCCCGACGAGAAGCUGUCAAAGGAUGCUAUCAUUGAUCUACUGUGCGAAGAUAUCGAAAAAUUCCACCCACCAGAGCCACUGUCAGUCACUCCUGUACCAUUGAGCUCCGCCGCUAGCCGUUUUUUUCGAAUGGGAAUGACUGCGUGA